CAGAGUACCCUGGGGACCCUGCUGUGGGGACCCUGCCUCUCCGAGCAGCAUCACUGGGACUGCUGAGCAGCAGGGAAGGGACGGCUGCUCCCCGUGCCCAGCAGUGCCUGUGCUGGGGAGCCCCGGCUCAGGGUGAUGGGCUGACACCCAUGGGGCCAGCAAGGCCAGCUGUGCCUGCCCAUCUCCCCUUCCCUGCACGAGGGGGUGCCGGAAGAGAGGGGCUGGAGCGGCUCUCUGGUGCCGGCACCCUUCCCCCUCAGCACCUGGCACCAUCCAUCUCCCAGUCCCCCGGCAGCCGGACAUCCGCUCAGCCAGGCCAGGCAGGGAAGCGGCCAGGGCCUGGCACGGCGUGAGGGCACCGCGGGCGCCGCAUGGGGAACCUGCUGCAGCAGCUGGCCCUGCUCGGGGCACUGGUGCUGUCGGGUGGGCUCUGCGUGAACCACGAGGAGCGGCUCAUCCACCACCUGUUUGAGGAGAAGGGCUACGACAAAGAGCUGCGCCCUGUGGUCUCCACUGACGAGGUUGUGGAUGUCUACCUGGCCCUCACACUCUCCAACCUAAUCUCACUGAAAGAGGUGGACGAGACACUCACCACCAACGUAUGGCUCGAGCACGGCUGGACAGAUUACCGCCUGCAGUGGAACAAGUCUGAGUUUGGGGACAUCGGGGUGCUCCGCCUGCCACCAGACAUGCUGUGGUUGCCAGAGAUAGUCCUGGAGAACAACAAUGAUGGGCUCUUUGAGGUCGCCUACUACUGCAACGUCCUCAUCUACGACACGGGCUACGUCUACUGGCUGCCACCCGCCAUCUUCCGCAGCACCUGCCUCAUCAACGUUGACUUCUUCCCCUUCGACUGGCAGAACUGCUCCCUCAGAUUCAGGUCGCUGGCAUACAGUGCCCUGGAGAUCAACAUGCACUUGAAGACGGACAGUGACCCAGACACGGGGAAGUCUUACCCAGUGGAGUGGAUCAUCAUUGACCCCGAAGGCUUCACGGAGAAUGGGGAAUGGGAAAUUAUCCACCGCCCAGCCCGCAAGAACAUCUAUCCUGACAUUCCCCUGGACACCAGUGAGCACCAGGACAUCACCUUCUAUCUCAUCAUCAAGCGCAAGCCACUCUUCUAUGUCAUCAACAUCGUCAUACCCUGCAUCCUCAUUGCCUUCAUGGUCAUCCUCGUCUUCUAUCUGCCUGCUGACAGUGGUGAGAAGAUGACCCUGGUAAUCUCAGUGCUCCUGGCCCAGUCUGUCUUCCUCCUGCUGAUCUCCCAGCGCCUGCCUGCCACUUCCCAUGCCAUCCCCCUCAUUGGCAAGUAUCUGCUUUUUAUCAUGCUUCUGGUGACAGCUGUGGUGAUCAUCUCCGUCGUGGUCCUCAACUUCCACUUCCGCACCCCCAGCACCCACAUCAUGUCUGACUGGGUCAGAGAGGUCUUCCUGGAGAGCCUGCCCCGGCUGCUGGGCAUGACACAGCCAUCCGAGAGCCCGGCAGGCGCCCCGUGCAUCCGGCGCUGCAGCUCGGCCGGCUACAUCGCCAAGGCAGAGGAAUAUUUCAGCGUCAAGUCCCGCAGCGAGCUCAUGUUCGAGAAGCAGUCGGAGCGGCACGGGCUGACCAGCCGCAUCACCCCUGCCCGUUUGGCGCCGCUGGGCAUGGACUCAGGCGAGGAGCAGACCUAUGAGCACAUCAAACCCGUCAUUGACAAUGCCAACUUCAUUGUCAAGCACAUGAGGGAUGAAAACAGCUACAAUGAGGAAAUCGACAACUGGAACCGCGUGGCCCGGACCCUGGACCGCCUGUGCUUCUUCGUCAUCACCCCCACACUGGUGGUGGGGACCCUCUGGAUCUUCCUCAUGGGCAUCUACAACCACCCACCACCACUGCCCUUUGCUGGAGACCCCUACGACUACCGGGAGGAGAACAAGCGCUUCAUCUAG